CGUUACAAAAGUGAAUGGAUGUGGGCUAAAAUUGAUGGUGGUACUAAUACCUAGGCAUAAUGUAUACAAUUAAUAUCAAAGUGCUACACUAGUAUAGCUCAUUGUCAGUGUGUGAAAGCGUCUUAAGGGUCUCCUGAUGUCAGAUACCUUUUCAGAAAAGCAAACAUGCCGCGAGUAAACCGUGGUAAAACUGCGAGUUUGCAGAAACGUCCUGAACCUCCAUCAGUGGAUGCCAUGAUCAAGGAUAUCCAAGCAACAGGUGGCCAUGAUGUUCUCUUUGAUGUCAUGGACCCCAACUCCGAUGAGGAUUUCAGCUUUAAUGACAGCAGCUUAGUGGACAAUUCCCUUGACCAGUCAGCUCUUAAUGCAGGGGAUGAUGGGAAAGAAGGCAAGCCAUCAGAUACAAGUGUAGAGACGACAUACACUCAGGUUCAGAGACUGUUGGAACUCCAGAGCAGUUUGCUUAACGCCUCUCAAGAACUUCAGAACACUUAUAAACAGCUACAGGAACAAGGGGCCAAUGUUUCUGAAUCGCUUGCCGACUUCAGGCAGAAAGCAGAAUCAUUAAAGAAGUGAUGAUUUGUAACAGUAAUAUAAUAUUGACACUAU